AUGGGUGCCGGAGCAAGUGCCGAGGAUAAAAAGUCCAAGGAGUUGGAAAAACAACUCCAGCAAGAUGCUGAUAAGGACGCUAAAACUGUCAAGCUAUUACUGCUUGGCGCUGGUGAAUCAGGGAAAAGCACCAUUGUAAAACAAAUGAAGAUUCUGCAUCAAGGUGGUUACACAAAAGAGGAACAACUGGAAUUCAGAGCGAUCAUCUAUGGCAACAUCCUACAGUCUGCUCUGGCCAUCAUCAGAGGCAUGGAGAUGCUUGGCAUUGGUUUUGGCGCUUCCUCUGCACAGGAAGACGCACAGAAGUUGCAGAACUUGUCAGACUCCAUCGAGGAGGGCUCAAUGCCAACUGAGCUGGCUGAUGUUAUCCAGAAGCUGUGGAAAGACUCUGGUGUGCAGGCCGCCUUCGAUAGAGCUGCUGAGUUCCAGCUCAACGACUCUGCUGGAUACUACCUCAAUGAAAUGGACCGAAUCUGCAAGGCAGAUUACCUGCCCUCUGAGCAGGACGUGCUGCGAUCUCGAGUCAAAACAACUGGUAUCAUCGAAGAACAGUUCGCCUGCAAAGAGUUGCACUUCAGGAUGUUUGACGUGGGUGGACAGAGAUCAGAGAGAAAGAAGUGGAUCCAUUGUUUUGAGGGUGUGACCUGCAUCAUUUUCUGUGGGGCUCUCAGUGCAUAUGACAUGGUGCUCGUAGAGGACGAUGAAGUGAACCGCAUGCACGAGUCCCUCCAUCUAUUCAACAGUAUCUGCAACCACAGAUUCUUUGCACUGACCUCCAUCGUGCUUUUCCUCAACAAGAAGGAUCUGUUUGAGGACAAGAUCAAAAAAGUCCAUCUGAGCAUCUGCUUCCCAGAUUACGAUGGUUCCAACACGUACGAGGAUGCCAGCAACUACAUCAAGGCACAGUUCCUGGAGCUGAACAUGAAGAAGGGUGUGAAAGAAAUCUACUCCCACUUGACCUGUGCCACGGACACAAAGAACGUUGAGAUCGUGUUCAACGCUGUGACAGACAUCAUCAUCAAAGAAAACCUAAAAGACUGCGGUCUUUUCUAAGCAGCAGCACGAUGAAAAGAGAACGUCCUUUCCUACCUUAACCCCUCAAAUAUCGGCAUCGACUGAGAAGUGUACAGAUGGAGCAUAGAGGAUCCUCCAUUUGCUGCAUUUAUGCCAUCACUCUCACGCCACGUCCUUGACUGCUCCUCACCAUCUCCAUCACCAGCUCAUCCCUGCAACACAGUGCACGUCCAGCUGGGCUGAAACAACUAUGAAGUCACUGUAUCGUUGCUGUGGACAGACCGCUUUCUACAAGAAGUACAGUAUUUAUGCAACAGCAGAAGCUGCUGCAGAUGAAAUAGUUGCUCGUUUGAUCCUCAUUUCUUCCCUUUGACUACUAUUUCGUGAGUUAAUAUUUAUUAUUAAAAUCCAAGCCGUAAAAUGAAUAAAACAAUAAUAUAAGAGGGGGAAAUAUUAAUAUUGUGAAUAGCAACAUGCAACCUUGUUUUUGUUUUGAGUACACUAGUCUCUGUGGUCUUGAUGUUGUGCAAGUGUAAAAAGUAUUACGGUAUUUUCCCCAGCACUUGCAAAAUAUCAAGAUGACAAACAAAAUUGUACAUGUAUCUACUUUAAAUAGUGUUAAUUUAUUCAAUUCACUCAACAUUUAAAUGUGAUGAAUUACUUUCAGAAGGUCAAACAUGGUAGAGGAACUUUGUAUAUAAGAGUAGAUAAUUCCUUCUAUUUUGAACGAUAAACCUAUGAUUAAAUACAUAAAAGAAAGACUAGUGGGAAGAUGCUUUAUUAUGACAAUGGAAUGGAAAUCUACCGAGUUUGUCCUUUCUUAUGAAAAGUAGAAGCAUGAAAUAAAGAUGCAUCAACUUCA